CAUGAAAAAGCACCGGACAUGCAACAGAGAACCGUAUUAUUAUUCAAUUGCCAGUUGUCGUAGGCGAUGUGAGAUUUCAAGACACUGAAACUGGAAUGUCAGACAUUCCCGCGUUUACAACGAGCCUCCAAGCCUUAUCAAAAAUCCUUAUCACUUCCUAAAUUGUUGUUUUGUAACCACCCAUGACACGUCGACAGGAGGAACUUUUUUAAGUAAUUUCAACAACAUUGUCGUCUCCAUCACAAUUCACAGUCUCACAUGCCUCCGAGUUUCACGAUAUCGAGUUUCCGAUGGCAGCUAGUAUAUAUUUUAAAAGUUCAAUUUUUAUCAUGAAACGCAAUGGCAAGUUUAAUAGUCCGGUCGAAGGAGUAAAAAUACAACAGGUGGAGAAAAAAGUUACUUUGACCAAGAAAAACAAUAGUGAAAUUAUGAUUAGGAAGCCAAGAAAUAGAACUAAGAAUUCCAAACCAGUCAAUGGCAGUGGCAGAAGUUUUCCAUCCUCUCUUAAUGUAAGGAAGCAUUCAGUCAAUAAAAGUGGUGAGAGCUCAAAUACAGAUCGUGGUAAGGGUAACAUCAAACGCACCAAUGCACAAACAGCCUUUACUGAAAAAGAUGACGUAGCGAUCGCUAUCAAAUUAGCAUCUUUUAUCAGGAAAGUAUUAGAAAAUGAAUUACCCAAAGAGAAGAUGGAAUGGCCACUAUUUUUAAUGAUUGAAUCCAGACAAUCGGUCAAAAUUUCUCAACAAGAUUUUCAAAACAUGGUAAUAAACAAAUCUGCUAAAAUCAUGGCCACCAAAUCAUAUUUUGCAAGACAAAUGGAUAAUUUAUCAAUUUGUGAAGAACAACAACAAUCAUAUUAUGAAAAAUAUGUACAAUUAUUAAAUCAUGUAAGUACUUUGAGUGCCGAACUGGAUCGUCUGAAUAGGAUGCCUCCCACUACUGUUAAACAUGUUAGAAGUGUUGGAACAAAUGUCAGUAUGCUGUAAACUAUAACUAUGC